ACUAUGUAUUUGUAUGUACAUUACUGCAAGAUCAAACUAAACGCAUCCUUUUGAUUCAUUGUAGGUUCUAUUUUCGCCGCAAGAUUGCUACUCCUGAGUAUGCCGCUGUCAAGUUGUUUUUCUAUUCCUUAACAUGGGUCGCGUCAACUUCCCCAACAUCUGGAUAGGCAAUCUGGGGGACAAUUUCAAGCUGCACUGCCAUGUCUGGCGCAUCAAUGAGAAAAUCACUGAGAAGUCAACUCUGCUGCCCUCACUCCCCAGCAUCCACAGAGGCAAAGCCGAGGCCCAGGCUGUCUAUCACUACAAGGAGAUUUUCCAGGGCAGAUAGAACAGGAGACGGGUGUUUGUCAAAGUACAAAUACACUAAGGAUACACAUGUCUACAUAUAUCAGCAAACUGGAAUAAAUCUUGCCCAUAGAGUACCCCCAGAGUUCCUGCCUAGUUUCAACUCAGGAGUUUGCACUCAGCUAGCAGAAACAGUGCCAGCAGGCUGGACAUGUAAUGAGCUGCACUCCCACACUCGCUUCAACAAGAAGAAAUGCACAGUGAUCCCCAAGCUGCUCAAUGUUGUGAGCUCAUGGCAAGACGGGCCUAAAAUGCCUGUCAAAAGGCUAUCUGAUGUUUAUUGUGAUGAACUCCCAGGUGUCUCACUGACUGAUUUCUG